AUGAAGUUCGUGAGAUCCGGAAAAUUCCCUACCAACAUCCCUCCGAAUUUGCGUUCAUUUGCAUCAAAACGAGAUGAAUUGAACGUAGUCGAAGGCUGUCUCAUGGUCGGCGAACGAAUCGUCAUUCCCAAGACCUUACAGCGAGAAGUUCUCCAAGAACUCCACGCUUCACACGCAGGAAUGGAUCACAUGAAGCGAUUGGCCCGAUCCGUUGCUUUUUGGCCCGGAAUCGAUGCCGAUUGCGAGAACUUCGUGCGAAACUGCAAAGCAUGCAGUUUGCACAGCAAAACUCCCCGGAAAGUCCCUUUACAACCUUGGCCCGCACCCGAACGUGUUUGGCAAAGGAUUCACAUCGACUUUGCCGGACCCGACCAAGGACAAUGGUAUUUGGUAGUGGUAGAUGCCAAGAGCAAAUACCCGGAGGUAAAAAUUGUUCACUCCAUCUCCGCCGCCAAUACCGUGAAAGUCCUCAAGGAGAUUUUUGCCAGAAAUGGCUACCCCGAAACCAUCGUCUCGGACAAUGGAACCCAGUUCACCUCCCAACAAUUCGCAGAUAUGUGCCAGAAUGGCCAUAUCCAACACAUCAGAACUGCUCCCUACUGUCCCCAGUCCAAUGGUCAAGCCGAAAGGUUUGUCGAUACCCUCAAGAGAGCCCUCAAAAAGCUUCAAAAAGGGGAGGAGAAGAUAUCCGAAAAUAUCUUGAACCAAUUCCUAAUGAUAUAUCGACGCACCCCACUCACAGUUUUGCAAGGCAAAUCUGCCGCGCAAAUCCAUCUUGGUCGACAGCUCAGGACAGAGCUCGACGCUCUGAAACCUCGAGAUUCCGUGAACCCACUUCCCUUGACCAUUCACCAGCAAAACAUGAAGGAUUGGUUUGACCACCACAAUGGAGCGAAAACCCGAAGCUUCUCCCCAGGCCAGUCCGUGUUAGCUAAAUGCCAUACGGCUAACACAUGGAUUUGGAGACCCGGCCAAAUCCUCAAAAAGGCUGGUAAAGUGAACUACGAGGUGGACUUGGGAGAAUCCAUCAGACGUUUCCACACCAACCAACUCAAAAGUGAUCUUUCACACCCUUAUCCCGGAACGAGCGAUACCUUUGAUCCUUGCCUCGACGUGUUGCUGGACACCUACGAUGUUUCUCCAGCCAGCUCGAGCUCAAGCAGCAGCAGAAGUCCAAUUUGUGCACCGACAACGUCUGGUCAACAAAAGCCGUGCUCAGCCGCUCCUGCAGCAGCCGCACAUCCAUCGACAAGUCAGCCGAACAGUCAAGCACAGCAGCAAGACCGAACGACUACGGCCGCACCAACGCAGUCAGUCAACGUGCCGCCAGCACCGCGAAGAUCUACACGACAGCGAAGUCCUGUUUCUCGUUACGAUCCUUCACCGUAA